CGCCACUGACCGUAAAUAAUAACAAUAAAGACGGUUGAAACUCGGUGAGUACGUUACGUGCUGGAGUGGUAAACAACAUCCAUCAAAAGGCGUACCAAAUAUUGCGUGUGCUCUCUCUUCGCAUUGCUCUCUGGCCUUAUGCGAUAUGGCUCUCCAAGAGAGAGGUAUUUGAAAAAUACCAACACACCAAAUGAGCACAGACUCUGGGAAACAUGAGCUUUACUACUACGAUUACUAUACGAUUCUCUCACGAUUUUUGUGGACUGGACAAGGCGUAGCAUAUUGAACGUCGUGGGGUUUGGUUUGGGCUCAGGUUCAGUAUCAGUAUCGAACCGGCUUUCUACGACAGCGGAUUGGAAACGCGGAGCGACAAAGUCGCCGGGCGUGAAGUGAUGUGAUAUAGCCGCCUGCCCACCAGGCUAAGCAGAAAAAAAGUGAAUAAAAAACCCAAAAAUCCUAAUUCCCAAGUGAGAAUUACGAGCGAAAUACGAAUUUUCUUACCCAAUCGCAUGAGAUAAUCUCAGGUUGGCAUUGUGUCUAAACCCAUAAUAAAAAAAAAAAAAAACACCAAAAGCUUCAAGUGUUAAACAUAAUAAAAAGAAGAAGCUUGUGUAUUUGCUUUUAAGCAAAUUAAAGUUGAGUUACGUGUGCCGAAAAAUAUAAAAUUGACUGAAGGCCAUUCAAGGGUUGUUCAAAGGAAAAUUCGGCACUCACGGUGUGUGUGCGUUGCGUGAGAAAAAUCAAUUCUGCAUUGGUGGAAAACCGGAGGAGGAGAGGAGUGGAAAAGGAAAAGGAAAAGGACAAAGCUAAAGGCUGGUUUUUGGAGGCUUGCGAAAAACUCGUAACCGAUGACAAUUUGGCUUGACGAGGGUCUAUUAGCGAAAUCAAUGCCAUUAUGGCUGAUAACGGAGGGCCAGGAUCCAAGCACAAGGAUCCCAGAACUAUAGAUGCCGGCGGAGGAGGAGGAGCCGCAGGAGCUGGAACAGGCGAUGACGUGCCUCCAGUGCCAGCUGUUCGCCGGCGUCGCGCGCAUGAGCAGAAAUCCUCGAGAGAACAUGUGGAGGAAAAGCAGAAGGAGGAGGUGCAGGGUCAGGAGAGCCAACAGCUGGAGACAUCGACGGUGACAAGGACCUAUAUGAAGACCAUCACCACCUCACUGACCACUUCGAGUAGCUCCAAUGUGGAGGAGUUUGUCCUGGAGGAGCCAUCACUGGCAGCAGCUCCAUCGCCGAAUCAACAAAGACUGCGUCAGAAGGUGGCACAGUACGAAAAGGUCUGGUCGUCGGAUGGCUCCCAUAGCGUGAAGAGACCCGCUGACCAGAGCGCCGAUGAGCUGCGUCUGGCCGACGACGAGCAGGGUGACCAGUACGAUGCCGAGAAUCCCUUCGACAUCGAUGUCCAUGAGAUUGAGCGGCGGCUGCGCCAGGAGCGGCAACGUGGCCUGGCCGAGGCGGAGGCAGCCAAGCUGGCCUUCCAGCAGGUCCAACUACGGCACACAACUCCUCCGCGUCGCGUGGAGGUGACCAGUGACCAGGUGGCCAGUCCCUUCAAUGUCACCCUUCGCACCACAAGUCGCAUGAGUCCUGGCGCCGAGCAGGGCAAUGUGGAGGAGCAUCUUGCCCCCUUCAAUGUGACUUUAAGGACCACUCGAAGGGGCAAGAAAAAAGAGAUUAAGGAACUCGAAAGCUUCCUCGAAGGCGAACGUACUGUGCGGGAGGUGCCUUCGGCGGAUGGCGUGAGGACCAUCAUCACCUCCUCGAUGACCAGCGAUGGUGGCUAUGCCGAGGAGAAGAUCUAUCGCCAUGGCGAGGGUUAUGUUUCGCCCAGGGAUUCACCCUCCUGGUCGCGUUCCAGCUACUCCAGCGAGCGAUCCAGUGUGACGCCACCGAGGAGCGUGGAUCUAACCGCCGGCGGACGAAGGAUUCUGAUCAAACUGGAGCAGGAAAGUGAACUAAUCGAGGCGGACAGCCAGCAGAGGGACGAGACCGACUCGUUUGGUCGGCAGGAAGUGGCCAUGGCAACCGGCAACAUUGACAUUACCGUCGGCGGUAGCAACCCCCGCCUGCGUUUGUACCAGCAAACAACUGUCCAAAUGGGUGGCGGCAACACCACCACCCCCGCCGACGAACUAACACCCCAAAGGCCCAGGCCCAGGGACUUGGCUUUGGGCACCAGCACCAACGUCAUAGCCAGCACCACCAAGACAAUGCUAACAUCCACGCCAAUUGGCACGAAGGAGCAACCGCAAACGGGUCCGAACACUCCAGUUAGUCCAGCUGCAACGUGCCAAUUGCGUGGUUCUUCGACGGAAGAGCCCCGGAAAAUUGUAAGCCACAAAACGAUAACCAGCACAACGACCAAGUCCACUUCAUCAUCCUCUUCGUCCACGUCCACGUCGCGCAAAUUAAUCGAAUUGUCGUCGUCGCCGGUAGUCGGGAAUAUCUCGCAAAUACGUACGGAAAACAACGAUAUCGACAUCGAUAACGAUUCGGACACGGAGGGCAGACCGGCCAGUAGUAUAGUGAUUGUGUCCACCCCCACGCGACCCACCACACCGGCAUCCGCAUCCGUAUCGGUAUCCGCAUUCGCAACCCCAUCCGCAUCCGUAUCCGCGUCAGCUGCCCACGCCCUCAGCGGCAUCGGCACUUUCAGCAAGAGUCUGCGCCAGGAUUAUCAGACUCUAGCAACGCAAAGUGGCCGCAGCAACGAAUCACCCAGUGAACAGGAAUACCAGGAGUUCCAGUCCACCAUGGCGUCCAUUAAUUAUGCGCGCAGCAAUUCCCAGUACGACAGCCAUAUCAAGGAGAAACGAGAGGAGCAAGAACGUGUGCAGAAGAAGACAUUCACUAAUUGGAUUAAUUCAUACCUAUUGAAGCGUGUUCCACCGCUUCGUAUCGAUGAUUUAAUCAAUGAUUUACGCGAUGGUACCAAACUGAUUGCAUUGCUCGAAGUUCUGUCCGGCGAACGCCUGCCCGUGGAGAAGGGCCGCGUUUUAAGACGUCCUCAUUUCCUCAGCAAUGCCAAUACGGCCCUGCAAUUUUUGGCCAGCAAACGGAUCAAGUUGGUUAAUAUUAAUCCCGCAGAUCUGGUGGACGGGAGACCACCAGUUGUGUUGGGUUUGAUAUGGACGAUCAUCUUGUACUUCCAGCUUCGUAAAAAGAGGCGGAAAAACUUAGUAGUAGUUAUAAAUUAUGCGCCACAGAUCGAGGAGAACAGCCGCAACCUAGAGUAUUUGGGUCAUGGUAUUGGCGGUUCGGUUAGUUCCCUCGACAGUGUUGGCAACCAAAAGCAUGGCGAUCUUAAGGCUGAGAAAUGGAAGCAGGGUGCCAGGAAGACCCUGCUCAACUGGGUGACCAAUGCCUUGCCAAAAGAAAGUGGUGUGGAGGUGAAGGAUUUCGGCGCCAGCUGGAGAGAUGGCGUCGCUUUCCUUGCCCUUAUCGAUGCCAUCAAGGCGAAUCUGGUGAACUUGGCUGACCUGAAGAAGGCCAGCAAUCGUCAGCGCUUGGAGACUGCUUUCGAUGUGGCCGAAAGCAAACUGGGCAUUGCCAAACUCCUGGACGCUGAGGAUGUGGAUGUACCCAAGCCGGAUGAAAAGAGUAUCAUGACAUAUGUGGCACAAUUUUUGCACAAGUAUCCUGAACCAAAGGGUGCUUCACGCGAUCUAUCGCAUGCUCAGCAGGAAGCGGACGAACUUCGUCGCUUUUUGAUAGAGAAGACCACCGAGUACGAGCCCAUGGUCAUGAUGAGCUCGUUCCCACGCGAUUUCGGUGAAUAUUUACUGGCACGUUCUGAAGUCGAUGCCCAUUUGGCGGCAUAUAACCGCUUGAAACAGCUCAUCGAGAGCCAGAGCGGAUUCCUGCAGGUCUCCCGCCAAUCUUGGGAGGAGAUCAACGAGCUGUGGCAGCGCCUCCAGUACCAGAUGAUGUACUGGCUCUGGCUGCUGGACUCCGAGCUGCCCGGCGACUUUGGCACCGUUGGCAAAUGGUUAGCCGAAGCAGAGAAAUUACUGAUGGACAAUGAUAUACCCAAUGCAAUGAAUGAGGAGACGGCAGCAGUGAUUAGCAGGAAGUUGGAGGAGCAUAAGCUCUUCUUUGCCGAUCUGCCUCGCAUUGUGGCCAUGUUUGAGAAUGCUAAGCGGUCACCGCUGGCCCAGCAGAUUCCCCUGGAGCAGCUGCGCAACAUGGAGCGACGCCUGCAAGAAGUCGGACCCAAGGCAGCAGAGCGCAGGAUUCGUUUGAAGUUCCUGGAGCACAAGUGCUGCCUGAUUGCCUUCUUGAAUCUAGUGGAGAACAAGAUGCGCGGCUGGACUGGAAAGUACGGGCACGAGGAGAAGGUGGCCCAACAGCUGGAGCAGUAUAAGAACUUUGUGUCGCGCAACAAGAUCUUCCAGGAGUUCCAGAAGGCCUUUGUCGAUAUGCAACAAGUGGUGGAUGAGUACAAGCGUGAAGGCAAUGUUCCACGCAAGGAGAUCAACGAUAUUGAUCGCUUCAUGUAUGAAACCGAGGAGCGCUGGAAACGCGUUUCCAUGGAACUGAAGUGCUGCCAGAACUCUCUGGAGGAAGUGGUCAACUGCUGGCGUAGCUGGAACCAAUUGGCCCCCACUUGCGAGGAAUGGCUGCUGUUGGCCGAGCAGAAGGUGAACCAGAGCGAGGAUGAGCGUCUGGACUUCUUCCAGGAUAUUCCCGUGUGGAAGGACAAGUUUGAUGCCCUGGCCAACUCUGCCAACUACUUGAUUGCCUCCUGUGAGGAGCCCAUUGCUCAGCAGUUGCGCCAGCGACAUGGAGCUUUGUCCGAGCGAUUUGAGCGUUUGUUUGUCAACACCAAACAGUAUAUGCAUGCUGGAGACAUCAUCCGUUCGCGGCAGGAAUACAAGUCGGGCAUUGAACAGCUCUCCCGUUGGCUGCGGGGAGCCGAAAGCGUUCUCGAUCAGCGCCAAGUUCUUGGCAACAGUGAACAAAUCAAGCAAUAUGGCCAGCAGUUGCAGCAAUUGGCCAGCGAAAUCGAUGAUAAUGAAGAGCUGUUCAAGACUAUCAGCAGGAAUUUCCAAUCACUGAUACAAGAUCUUUCCCGCGACGAGGUGGACAAAAUGAUGAAGCUUCUGAAGCAGGAGAAGGAAUCUCUGGUGCGCAUACGCGCCCAGUUGCCUGCCAAGCUGCAUCUCUUCCACCAACUGCAGAUUCAACAGGAAUCCCUGGAAGCUGGACAAAAGGAGAUCCAUCAGUGGUUGAGUGAGGCCGAACAGCUUUUGGGAACGCAUAAUCUUUCUGGAGGCCGCGAUGCCAUCAAUGAGCAACUGCAGAAACACAAGACCUACUUCUCACGCACUGUCUACUAUCGUUCCAUGCUGGAGAGCAAGAACAAGGUGUUCCAGAACCUGCUGAAGGCUGUGUCCUCCGAUGACAAGAUCGACACUGCGCCCGCUUCGCAGCAAAUGCAACAGCUGAACGAACGCUUCAACUAUGUGAUUCAGAAUGCCCAGCAAUGGGAGCAACGCUUGGAUUCGGCUGCUGGUGGAUGGAGCAACUUCAAGGACAACGAACGUGUGGUCAGCGAGUGGCUCACCCAGGCGGAAUCCAUGCUGGUGGAGAAGCACAUCGAAUCGAAGACAACAAUCGAGACGCAGAAAUACUUCUUCGAGCAGGUCAACGAUCGCUGGAUGAACGAUCUGGUGCAGUCGGCUCAACAACUUCUGACAACUUUGCCCGCCCAGGAGCAACCUGCUGUGGUUCACAGCGUGGAGCAGUUGCAAUCCCGCUGGAAGAAUGUGCUGUCUCAGGCUCCUUUGCAUCUACUCAAAUUGGAAUUCAGACUGGACGAAAAUGCCUUCUAUCAAUCCCUGAAGGAUGUGGAGAAGGAAUUGCAGCUGGAGCAGCAGGCCUUGAAUCGCAACGAGGAUGUGGACUCCAUUUUGCAGCGCAACCAACAGUUCCUCCUGCAACAAGAUGCAGUGCCUCGACUGGAGCGUUGCCUUCAAAACAUGCAACGAUUGGCUAAUGCCCACAGGCAACAACAACCCGGUGACAUUAGUCUGGAUCAGGCCUACGACAAUGCCAAGUCCCAGUGGCAACUGUUGUCCAACAAACUGGGCGACAUGCGUCAGACCCUCCAGCAAAUCCCAGCCCAAUGGCAGGGCUACCAUCUGAAAUUCAACGACAUGGUCGGUUGGAUGAACGGUGUGGAUCAGAGCCUAAAGAAUAUCGUGAAUGAAGUAAACACCAUGGAGGAAUUCGAGAAGGAGAAGGUUGUCUUCCAGCUGAGGGAGCUAGUGAAAAUCUGCCAAGAUGCCGACAACAAACGAGAUAUGAAAUGGCUGGUCAAGACCUUGGACUCUCUGCUUAGUUACGCAACCGAAGAUGAGGCUAAUCUCGAGCAGAAGAAGCUGGAGGACCUGAUUGCUCGCUACAAGAACCUUAUACCCACGAUUGAGAUUACCAUGGUCAAGACGGAAGUUUUCUCCAAGUGCUACACUUACCGCAGAGAAGUUCACGAGGUUGUCUGUCUGCUGAGCAAGGUCAAGGAUCAGACGGCCAAUAUACCAGCUCCCGACAGCCUGGAACGUGUGAAUCGCCUGAUUGAGGAGCAGCAAUAUGCCAUCAAUCAGCUGGAUCACCAGCGUCCACACAUCAUGUCUAUGCUGCAAAGAGGACGUGAUCUGAUCAAGGAUGUGCACGCCCCAGCCUUUGUGAAUACUGAUGUGAAGAAUCUGGAGACGGGUUGGAAUCAGGCGUACACUGAAACCUCUGACAAACUGCAGGCCCUCAAGGGAACCCAGGCUGUUUGGAGCGAUUUCGUGGACCAGAAGAACGACAUCUUCUCCAUGUUGCAAACUGCGGAGACGGAGCUUCGUUCGUUGACCCCAUUGCAGACCGAUCCCAAGAACGUCAGUCAGGAUCUGAAGUCCAAGAGGGAUCUCAAUGUGCAACUGCAGCAGGCUUCCCAUCAGCUUCUGCCCAAGUUGCAUGCCCUGAAAUCAGAACUGGCUCCACUGGCUGCGGCCGACAAGCGUCCCAUUUUGGAGAAGGAAGUGACCGAGGUGGAGAAGAUGUUCUUCAACACCAUGGAGCAUGUGAAGGAUCGCGUCGGCUAUCUGGAGGACUACAGUGCCAAAUGGAAUAACUACAAGACACGCCUGGCCGAACUGCAGGAAUGGGCCAAUAAGGUUGCGCCCAAGAAUAUCGAAGCCCUUCAGUCCGAGGAUCUCACACCGGAGGAGCGUGUGGUCAAGGUGCAGGCCUUCAAGCGCAUCCUUGGGGAUCGCAUGAAGCAACUGGAUCUUUUGGCCGCCGAUGCCUCCGAGUUGGCUCCCAAAGAGGGUAACAUUGCCGAGGCCAAGCGACUUAAGGGCGAGAUCACCAAGCUGCAGGAGGUCCUCAGUGCCAUCAAUCGGAAUGUGGAUCACCAGGCACAGGCUGUGCAGGAGGAUCUUGUCAACUGGCAGCAAUUCCAGGCCGGUCUGCAGCAAAUCAAGCCCGCUGUGGAGCAAAGCGAAGUCAAGGUAAAUAAUGUAGUUUCUAAGCCCAUCUCCCUCGAAGAAGCCGUUGCCAUGCAACAGAAUGCCCAACAAUUCGAGACACAGUGUCAGGAGCAAUUGGACAAGCUCCAUGGCAUAUCAAACAUCAGUCAUAAAAUGUUGUGUAAGACCAAUGCCCCCGACGAGCUGGAUGCCAUGCAUUCGCGUUGGACGGCUGUCCAUGAGAACGCUAAGCAGGCUAGCGCCAAGCUCGAAAAAUUGGUGGGCAAUUGGAAGUCCUUCGACGCCGAUGCGGCCAAGCUUGAGGAUUGGGUUGGACAGGGCGAGCAGCUGAUGUCCAGGCGACCAGCUGUCCUCAACACACCGCACAUUGACAAGCUCGAAAAGGAGCUCGUCAAGCUGAAGUCCUUCAACAACGAGAUCUCGCAGCAGCAGGCUAAGCUCGUGACACUGGGUCAGAAUGCCGAUCAAAUUAGUUUGCAUUUGGCACCCGAAGGCGCAGCUGCCUUGAAGGAUCGCGUAAAUCAAAUGAAGGGCAAGUUGCAGAAGCUUUCGGAAGCCACUCGCGGUCACAUCAACGAAGUCUCCGAUGCCAUUAUUUCCCGGCAGGACUUUAACGCGAAACUGGUGAACUUCUCGAACUGGAUGGAACAGCUUCGUAACCAGAUUACGCAAGUGGAAGAAAUCAAUCCGGAACGUGUGGAAACCAGUCUGCAUGUUAUCCAUGCCCUACUGCAGGAACAUGCCGAUAAGAAGCCAAGUUUCAAUGCCAUCUACGAUGAGGUUAAGCAAUUGGCCCUGGGAGCCACUCCCGAAGAGUCGAAUGCCCUGAACGAUGCCUACACCGCUUUAGUGGUUAACUAUCAAAACCUAGAGACCAACAUGCUGCAAAAGAAGGCGGCUCUGGAGAAGUGGACUGAACUGCUGGGCUGGAAGAACGACACUGAGUCCCAUUUGAACUAUUUGAAGCACCAGCUAGACAAGCCCGAAGGACCCGCCGCCGAGGAACUGAGCAAGGUCAUCGAUGAGAUCGAUAAUUUGGGUCAGGGCAUUGGAUACUGGAAGGGUCAGGCCAAGGAGAUCGACGAAAACCCAGCCAUUCAGCUGAGAGAUGCCUUGUCCCGUCGUCCACUGAUCGCCACUCAAAUUGUGAAUGAUGUUGAGAAUAAGUUGGAGAACCUAAAGCUACGCUCGCAGAAUCAACAGCAGCAAAUUCAAGCAGAUGACCGUACGCAAGGAUAAGUUCCAUGCGCUGGAACACAACUUUGGCCAGGCGCUGCAGGAGAAUCGCGCCAAACUGGACGAGAUUCUCAGACAGCAUCCGACUCUGAACAACAUCGAUCAGAUCAUUGCCGAUUUGGUGGCUCUCAA